GUAGCAGUGAACAAUCCUACCCAUAACUCACAUGGAUCCGACCACGUCCGUGUCUGGGCCCCAGUCUACCGCGCGGCUUGAUGAAGAACGCGUACGGCUGGCUAAACGGCUCUCAUUACGCACCCUCAAUGAUAAUCCUCCGUCGCUGGAGCUCUCGAAACUGGACUCCUCUCUCAGACGCCACACCGCCCUCAUAAAGCGCGUCCGACAGUCUAUGGCAUUGGAAUACCGAGACCAGAUCAUCAAGGACAUCGAGUCAUUGACGCUGGAGAAAUACGUGGAAGAAAUCGUUGGGGCUGCCGUCGAGGGUCUUUCACGGUGUAAGACAGAGAAGGAUGUAUGGAGUGGAGUAGAGAUCAUCUCACUAUUGCAUCGCCGAUUUCCAUCUUCCUUCACCCCAGCUCUGAUUACCGCUCUAUCCGCUGCUCUUGCUUCGCCUUCAAGAGCGGCUCUCACGUCUCUUCCACCGGAACAGCGUGAGAAGGAAGACAGCUCUCGUGUUUCUCGACAACGCCCCAUUCUUCGCGUUUGUGCCGAGUUGGCAUUGGUCGGAAUCAUUCGCGAUGGUCCUGGAAGAAGUGGUGGAGAAUGGAUCAUGAAAGUCAUUAAGGAGCUGGAAAGUCUAUUCCUCCUGGCAUUUCUCUCGAGUUUAACUCUUGCACAGUUAUCAAAUGAUCCGUCUCUGUCCUCCUUGCCGCUCUUGACAACAUUCCUCAAAUCUUACUCUCGGCCAUUUCUUGGCAUCUCUGCCCCCAGUGCAUCUAAGCAGGUUUCAUUGACUCCUGAAACCGCUUCUUCGCAGGUAUCCGAGGAUGGAGCGUUCCCUGCCUUGUCCAAAGUUAGCGAGGAAUUAGUGGAGCAAGACAUUCGCGAUAGGUUCAAGCGCAUGUGCGAAGGGUACUUUGACAGUGUCUGUAAAAAGCUGUUGAUUGAGCACACGCGCCUUCAAGAGCAGGACCGACGAAAUCAUGAGGCUUAUAUACGUUCUGGGGAAAUUUUCGAAGACCGCCAGCAGGCAUACGAAAAGAUGACGAAAGGUUAUGAGAAAUUGCUGGCCAGUUGUCAAUCUCUCUCGGAACUGCUAUACAUCCCGGUCCCUCCUUUGCCCACAAACUCGCAAAAGACUGAUUCCAUUCUCAUCGGGACGAACCGAUCGACCAACAUCUCGGACGAGAUGGACGAAAGCGCAUUCACCGGUGGGAAAUGGGAAGACGAGGAAGAACGGAGAUUCUUCGAGGAUGUCCAAGAUCUGAAGGACUUUAUUCCCCGAGGCGUCUUGGGGGUGGAUGAGUCGAAAGAGGGGAAAGAGGCGGACACUGACCAGGAUGCGGACAAGGAAAAGGAAAAGGAAAAGGAAAGAUUGGAACAGGAGAAAGAAGAAGUCAGGAAGCUGGAGGAGGAACUGCAGAACCUCACCGGUGCAGCAUCCUCUGAUCAAGUACAGCCGAGUUCGGAAAUACAGGAUGAAGAGGAGGUUGAACAAACGGGCGCGGAAACCCCCACUCCCGGUACUCCCCGGGCGACAUCCCCGACCUCAUCUCCCCAAUUAGCACCGCAGGGGCCAUCUCAGCUUCUCACUGCUCUCCUCGUUCGACUUCCCGAUGCCACCAAUCGAGCUCUCAUUGAUCAAGCGGCUAUUGAUUUCGCGUUUCUCAACUCCAAAGCUGCGAGGAAGCGUUUAGUGAAAUUUUUGGGCCAAGUUCCGAAGAACAGAACAGAUUUGCUGCCGCAUUAUUCUCGGCUCGUAGCAACCCUGAACACGUACAUGCCGGACAUCGGAACUGACCUGGUCGCUGUGCUUGAUGAAGAGUUUCGUUACCUCCAACGCAAGAAAAAUGUUGUGAAGGAACUUGCUGAAGUCCGGAUGAAGAAUAUCAUGUUCUUAUCCAAUCUGACUAAAUUCCGGGUUGUUCCUCCUCAUCUGAUCUUGCACAUAUUCAAAGUGUGUCUGGAUGAUUUUUCGGGCACGAAUGUCGAAAAUCUGGCGCUAUUGCUCGAAGGAUGUGGUCGUUUCCUUCUGCGAAAUGAGGAGACUCAGCAGCGAUUUGCUACGAUGCUUGAAUUGAUGCGUCGAAAGCAAAGCAUGCAGCACUUUGACCAGAGACAGUUGCUCCUGCUUGAGAAUGCGUAUUAUCAGUGCAAUCCUCCGGAACGAACUCCCAGACAAGAGAAACAUCGCACACCGAUGGACCUUUUCAUUCGUCAUCUCAUCUACGAUGUGUUGGCGAAGAAGACGAUCGACAAAGUGCUCAAGUUGAUCCGCAAGCUGGACUGGGAUGACCUCGAGAUCCGCCGCCUGCUGCACAAAGUAUUCACCAAGCCGUGGAAGAUCAAAUAUAGCAACAUUAGCUUGCUAGCUAUGCUGACAUACGACCUGCAGCGAUAUCAUCCCGAGUUUGCCAUUGCUGUGGUAGACCAGGUGCUCGAGGACGUGCGUCGCGGCUUGGAGCACAAUAUCUACAACACGAAUCAAAGGAGGAUGGCCACGAUCAAGUAUCUCGGCGAGCUCUACAUCUACAGGCUGCUGAGCUCCGGAAUCGUAUUUGACACGCUGUGGUCCUUGGUCACGUUUGGUCAUCCUGAGGCUCGUCCGCUGCCACAACAGGCAUGCCCCUUGGACAUGCCGGACGAUUUUUUCCGCGUUCGCCUCGUUUGCGCGCUUCUGGACUCGUGUGGAAUGUGCUUUGAUCGAGGCACCCAGCGCAAGAAGUUGGAUACGUUCCUGGUCUUCUUUCAGUACUACGUGUUCUGUAAAGAUGCUAUGCCGAUGGAUGUAGACUUUAUGGUUACCGACUCGCUCGAGGCCGUCCGUCCCAAGAUGGAGACUGCGAAGAACCUGGAAGAGGCGGCCAGCGCCGUGGAUGAGAUGCUCAAUGUUGACUUCCAAGGACAAGACGACGCUGGCGCCAGCGGUGAUGAAAGUGGAGACGAAGACGAAGAACGUCGACAGGACACUGAUAAAGACGACGAUGACGACGAUGGUCAAUCCUCUCCAAUUGAUGAACGAGCACCCUCGCCGGACCAGCCGGUUGUGUUGUCGGCCAGCAACAGUCUCCAAGAAAACAUGGGCCCGUCGACUGACGCGAUCGCGGACUUCGACAAGGAACUCGCGAAAAUGGUAACAGAUAACUCUUCGGAGGCAAGGAAGGUCGACAAGAAGACAGCGCUGGCACUAUGGGAUGCAGCUGUUAUCCCGUCUGGCGCUCGAAAGAAACGCGCCGACGAUGACGACGAGACAGCUCCCCGGGAAAUCGACGGCCAGGCAGUCAUGAACUUUACAGUGCUCACGAAGCGAGGCAACAAGCAGCAAGCUCGGCAAAUGGCGGUCCCAACAGAGUCUGCGCUCGCUGUCCACACACUUUCCGCCCAGCAACAAGAUAGGGUGGAGCAACAGCACCUGAAACGGCUGGUGCUGGACUAUGAGCAGAGAGAAGAAGCAGAAGAACUGAAGGCCUUGGAAGCAAGAAAUCGAGCAGGGGCCAUCAAGAUCAGAUAUGUUGGCUAGGACCAGACGCACAGUCGCUGAUGCAUUCAUUGGCUUGAGUCACCUCACCAGCGGCUUUGCCCGCUCAGAUUACGAUGAACGUAUCGCCACCCGAAUCAGUCGCGAUGGGACUGCCCAGUGGCCAGGCGCUGGAUACGUGUCAGGGUGCAUUAUGUAAUCACUAGUGGUCGUGUGUGCAUCGAAAUUUUGCCCAAGCUACACCUUGUCUUGAAGUUGUAGCAUUUCUGA